ACCCACAACUGUGCCCCAACCGCCCAAAGUGCACCUUCAAAAGGGCAUGCACCACUAUCAAACCCCAUCAAACCACACACACACGCAGAGAGUGAGAGAGAAAGAGAGAGAGAGAGAGAUGGCAAUGCGGUCUGCAGUCACAUUAUUUCUCAUCGCUCUGGCACUUGUCCAGUUAACCACUGCUAGAAACGUGCCUAACGAAGGCCAAGGUCUCAAGGACCAAAAGACGUUUGGACCCUUUGCUGGGCUCGGUGGGUUUAGCGGUCUGGGAAGCAAUGGGCUUCCAGUUGGCGGGCUUGGUGGUACGGUUGGCUCCGGUGGACUUGGCGGUGAUGGUGGAUUGGGAGUACCUAUGGGCGGUCUUGGCAGCGGCAGCGGUGCCGGUGGUGGUUUAGGCGGAGGGGAUGGUGGUUUGGGAAGUUCGGGCGGUAUUGGCGGCGGCGGUCUUGGUGGCCUGGGUAGUUUAGGUGGAAUUGGAAGCGGUAGCGGCCUCGGUGGUGGUGGUGGUCUUGGUGGAGGAGAUGGUGGCUCGGGAUCACAGGGUGGCCUCGGUGGUGGUGAUCUUGGUGGCGCUGGCACUGGUGGUCUUCCAAAUCCAUGAAAGUUUAUGUUAUUAGCAUGGCUUUUAUAUAUCACCGAUUUUAUUUCACCGUUCCCAAGAUAAAAGUUUCUUUAAAAAAGAAAUCCAAAAUAAAAUUAUUUGGUUAUUAUAGAAUCACCCAUAAGUAUCUAAGUGAUCGGUGAAACAAACGGUGAUCAUAAAUAAAGCGGAUAAAUGUGUGUCGUGUUCUCUUAUGUUGGUGUUUCAGGGGUGUUUACGUCAUUAGGUUUCCCCUUGUAGGGUUUUCCUUUUCCUAUGUAUAUAUUUUGUCGAAGUUGUUUUAUAUGAAGUGAAAAUGUUCUUAGAUACAA